CGUUGAUUGAAGAUGUUGAAGAAAAUUCAAUCAAACCUGAUAAUAUUUCAAUAUUAUGGCAAAAUUUACGUUAUGAAGUGAAAAGUUUUUUUGGUAAACAGAAUAAAAUUAUUCUACGAAGAUUGAAUGGUCAUCUGAAUCGACAAAGUUUAAAUGGAUUUCUUGGACCAAGUGGUUCAGGUAAAACAACAUUAUUAAAUUGUCUGAAUGGAACAUUACGAUCAGGUAUUUCAACCGAUUCGGAAAUCUAUUUCAACCAAAAUGGAUCAUCAUCAUCAUUGUCACCUGUAAUUCGAAUGAUCGAACAAAAUAUACAGGAUAUGAUUGUUGGUAAGAUGACAAUUCGUCAAGUGCUUCAAUAUGCAUUUCGAUUGAAAAAUGAUCGAAAAGAUUUCAAAAUAAUCAAUGAACAUAUUGGCCAAAUAAUGGAAGAACUUUUAUUGGAUAAAAAUAUUCUUGACAAACGAUUUGAACAAUGUUCGGGUGGUGAACAAAGACGUAUUGCUAUUGCACAGGAACUUAUGUCCAUACAAUCACCAGAUUUUCUAUUUCUUGAUGAACCUACUACUGGUUUGGAUAGUAAUUCAGCUUUAUUGGUUAUGCAAUGUCUACGACGAUUAGUCGAUCAUAAUGAUCAUUUGACUAUUUUGGUUUCAAUACAUGCACCAAGUUCAGAUAUACUCAAUCUAUUUGAUCAACUUUAUAUUCUAGCUAAAGGUGGUGUUUGUAUUUAUUUUGAUUCACCAACAAAUCUACAAUCAAUAUUGGAAAAAAAUUUCGAACAAGAAUUAAUCAUCGAUCAAACAACAGAUCAAUUAGAUAGACCACCAAUUGAAAUUUAUUUAAAAAUUGCCUGUCAAGGAAUCGAAAGUCCACAGGUUAGAAAAUUGGCCAAUUCAUGUUUGCAUAGUGAAAAAUUGAAGCGAAUUUCAUCGGAAAUGAAAAAUUUUUGUUCCAUCGAUAAUUAUCCAAAUAAUUAUAAAAAGUUUUCAUUAAAAGAUUUAUGGCUACAACUACAACGAAUGUUUCUAAUCGUAUUUAUGGUUGAUGUACGAAAAUUAUAUUCAUUUAUCAUAUUGUUGGGAAUAGUUAUAAUAAUAUUAACAUCAAUGUUUGAUAAUGCAAUGGUUACACCGAAUACUUGUUAUUCAUUCAUUGAUGAUCAAAUAUUGAAUGAAACAAUUCGAAUGGAACAAUGUUUGGAAAGAAAUUGGGAUAAAAAUUAUAUUCUACAAUAUCGUGUAUUUGUAACGAAUAUUAUUUGGGUAUCAAGUGCACCAAUCACUGCAAUUAGUGCAAUUAUAAUUAUUAAAAUGUUUAAAAUUUUACAUAAUGAACAUCGAAAUAAAUGGUAUAGUUAUGGAACAUUCUACAUAUCGUUCAUUAUUGUUCGUCUAAUCGAAUGUAUUAUUGUUGGAACAUUUAUUGCUUUAUUCUAUUAUUUUAACAUUAAUCAUAUUUAUGUUGAUGAUUAUCAUUUAAAUUGGAAACGUAUUGGACAUUUUAUCUAUUUUAUCUGUCAAAAUGCUUUAUAUAGUCAAAAUAUUGGUUUUCUAAUAGGUAUUAUAUUCGUUCGAUAUUUGGAAAUAGCAACAAUAAUAUCAUUAGUUGUUUCACAAACUUUACAUAUAUUUAUGGGAUUAUUUUUUCAACAAGAACAAUUGAAUGAACCAAUAUGGAAAUUUCAAAUCGAAUUGAUUAAAGUACAAAAAAUUUUUCAUGGCUUAUUAUAUUCAUUCUAUUCAGUUGAUCGUUGUGAUCCUGAAACCGAAAGAUCAUAUGUAUUGAUCGAUAAUGAAAUUGAUCGAGAUCAAAUAUUUAUUGAAUCUAAUCGAAUUUAUUGGAAUAUUUUGAUUAUACAAUUAAUUUUUGCCAUAAUACUUUGGCUAAAAUUAUCAUAUCGAAAAUCGAGAGGAAGAAAAUUCAAAAAAUCUAACGAAAUUGAAUUACUUACUUUGGAUUAUGAUUGUGAACAACGAAUUGAUAAUGAAAACUAUAGAUUUGCUAUCAAUUUGACCGAAAUAAAUCGUAUAAAAACGGAAAAAGAAAUUGAAUUUGAAAAUUUUACCCGUAACAAAAUUAUGAUUGCUUGGCGUUCGAUUAAUUUGUUUGCAUCGUCAUCAUUAUAUGAAAUACGUUCGGCUAAUCAGAUUGAUGAUAAAACGAAAUUAAUAUUGAAAAAUUUGAACGGUGAAUUUCGAUUCGGAACAUUGAAUGCAUUGAUGGGUCCAUCUGGUGCUGGUAAAACAUCAUUAUUAAAAGUUUUGAAUGGUCGAAUGAAAACCAAACUUAGCGAAGAAAGUGAAUUCUAUCUUACAAAAUAUUGUCCAACACGUGUAUGUUAUUUAACGCAAGAAGUUUCAAGCCAUUUAAUGCCCGGUUUAACAGCAUUACAAAGCUUAAUCUAUGCAUCAAGAUUAAAAAAUGCUCAAGAAGUAAAUAAAGAAAUAAAUCAUGAAAGUAUAGCUAAAAAUAUUCUCAAUGAAUUAGAUAUUACCGAUACGGCUGAAACUUAUGUACAGAAUUGUUCGGGUGGUGAACGAAAACGAUUAGCACUUGGCUUAGAAUUGACAAGUUUACGAAUGCCAAAUCUAAUCUGUAUUGAUGAACCAACCAGUGGAUUGGAUAGUAAUUCUGCUGAAAUUGUUAUAGCAUGUUUAUUGAAACUUGCACGAUCACAUAAUCUAACCAUUAUAACAAGUAUUCAUCAACCAAAUAUGAAUAUGAUGAUGAUGUUCGAUCAACUUUAUGUAUUGGCCAAAGGUGGUAUUUGUGUUUAUUCGGGUAGACCGAUUGAUGUUGGAAAAUUUCUUGAAAAAAUAUCUGAUCCAAGAAUUAAUGAAAAUCUUUUUCCAAUCGAACAAUUAAUGCAAUAUUCUUGUCUGGAUCAUACUAAUUCAAUGACAGUAUGUACAACAGAAACCGAAAACAAAAUAAUAUUAACAAAUGAUAUGCAUAAAUCGAUUGAUGGUAUACCAACUAAUCGUAAUCGAUUUUUAUUAAAAUCAUGUUGGAUAUUGUUUUUACGUUAUUGUGCAUUCGUACGUGGCUAUCAAUGGAUACCAUAUUUUUGGUUUAUGUUGCUUAUUAUUGUACAAGGUCCAUCAUUAGUGAUGAAAAUCAAUCCAGAUAUUCCAUACGAAAGUGGUUGUAUAAAUUUGGAAGAAUCCUAUAAUAAUACCUGUAAUCGAACUGAACAGGAAAAACAAAUGGAUGCUAAUUUGGAACAAAAUUUUUUAUUCAUAUUGGCUUCCGUUUCUUAUUUUCUUUCAUUAAUUUAUCUACAAUGUACGAUAAUAUUUGUAAAAGAAAUUCGAUAUUUUUGGAAUGAACAUCGAAAUGGUUGGUAUAGUACCGGUGUAUUUUAUAUGACUCGUAUGAUUAUCGAAUGGAUACCAUUACUAAUAACAGCAGUCGGUUUUGUUUAUACGAUCAAUAUCUAUGAACAAAUAAGACCGGGUAUUUACUAUUGGCUAUUAUUUUUAUUCAUAUUGGCAAUGAUUCCUAUGCAAAGUUUUGGUUAUUUACUUGUUAUUCUAAGUUGUAAUAAUUUUGCUAUUAUUGUUGUAAUAAUGACAGUUAUUUCAGUAAUAUGGUAUCUAUUAUCUGAUGGAAAUGCACCUAUUUAUAAUCUACAUUAUGCAUAUCAAAUGAUUUCAAAUUUUGUUCCAACAAAAUUUAUGAAUCGUAGUUUUCUUGCAUUAGUAUAUGGUUUUGAUCGUUGUCGUUCGAAAGAAAUUCAACCAACACUUUAUUAUUAUCGAAUUAAUGAUGAUGAUUUUUAUCAAGCAAUUCCAAUGUUAAUUAUGAAUGGAUUAUUGUUUCAUACAUUAUCAUUAUUGAUAUUGAUUAUGAAAGCUAAUCCAUUUAAAUCACGAAGAAAUAGAGCUAAAAAAAUACUUGAUCAUCAUCAAACAUUAAAACCAUCCAAUGUAAUUAUACCGGGUCUUGGUUGUCAUCAUGAAUUUACAAUCAAAAAAUUCGAAUAUUGGAUUACUGAUCAAAAGAUGGCGUAA